UCGUAGCUUCAGGCUGGAGUAAUAUCAGGUGCAUCUCUACACCCUGAGGGCUCAACUCCUACACUUUUUAAAUCCCUCCCACUGAAACAGCCUCCUUCAGUUUCACUUAGCCAUCAAGCACAGAACAGGUACUUCUCUCUCCGCACUGACAGCUACAGCUUAGCAACAGUGAUCACCUUGAACACUUCAGCCAUCUACGUAUCUGUUCCUGUACUAUAAAUUACUGGAGUGUUGCUUUUUCCCCUAACAUCUUGCAACAGAGGAGCUGGCUUCAAAUCAAAUUUUCCUUUCUAAUGUGGAGAAGAGAUUCUUGAAACCUGAAAAACUGAAAACAUCAACAGUUUGAAACUGAAGAGAUCUGCAAAAAAAUUAUUUUAUAAAGGAACAUUAAAUAUAAGCUUUAAAGCAGAAAAAUGAGUCUCCUCAAAGAGCGUAAACCAAAGAAACCUCAUUAUAUCCCAAGGCCUCCAGGAAAACCAUUUAAAUAUAAGUGUUUUCAGUGCCCCUUUACCUGCAAUGAGAAAUCCCACCUUUUUAACCAUAUGAAGUAUGGUCUCUGCAAAAACUCAAUUACUUUAGUAUCAGAGCAGGAUCGAGUUAUCAAGUGCCCGAAGUCGAGUUCCUUGGAGCCCAAACAGCUCAAUCAGAUAGAACCUACAGCUAAACCAACUUCUUCUAAAUCUAUCACAAACGGUCUAUCAAAUCUUCAUUCUAAGUCUCAUUAUGCUUUUGCAAAAGAUGAUGCCAAGGAAAAUGUAGAAUUACAAAAUAAGACAACAAAUAAAUCAGCUCAAGGACAAAAGUCUGUAAUACAGAAGGAAUUAACUCCUGCCAGUACUACAGCAGAAAGUGUAAUCAACAUGCAGCCUGGUUUGGAUGGCAUUGUAAGGCCCUCAGCUUUUGUUCCUGUAGGAGAGCACAGACAUAGUAAAGGCCCAGAAACUAAUGAGGCUGCUGAAAUGAUAUCCCUGUCUAAUUCGAACAAAAGCUUGCCUUUUCAUGCAAAGUCUGCAUUUCAUACUCCAAACCAUCCAUGGAAAACAGGUUCUACUUUUAUCCCACCAGAGUUUCCACAUAAAAUUCCUCCCACAAAAGGUUUUGGUCCCAUUCCACCUUACAUGCAUCCAAUGAUUCCAGAGUAUUCACCCCCUUUUUACGAGCAUGGACUGGCAAUCUAUGCACCUUACUUGCUUCCAAGUAACUCACCAGAGUGUGAAAACUCUGUGCUGUCUGUCUAUGGGACCCAAGAUCAAAGACAUUUUCUUCCCCACCCUGGGCCACUCCCAAAGCCAAUAAAUCCAUCAUCAUAUGAGCACUACCGAUUACUUCCACAAUAUCAUUCCAGUCCCCCAGUGCCAUAUGGAUUUUGCAGACCAACAGAUCCUCCAUUUUAUAGAUUUCCACAUGUAGCUGGUAUUAGCAGAGAUCCAAGUUCUCAUCUAAUGGAGGAAACUACCUUACUGUACCCAACUUCAAGUCCAUCUCAACAAUAUUCAUUAAGCUCCCAUAAAAAGCAGACUGAUUAUGAAAAAGAAAUUCCACUGCUGCAUGCCAAAAACCAUUCAAAAGAAGACCCAAAUGAAAGAGAGAAUGCCAAAAUGAGCCCCCGUGCAGGGAGUGCAGCAACAGGCUCACCUGGUAGACCCAGCCCAACUAAUUUCAGUCAGACAAGCCAUGUUUGUGAAGGCCUGUUUGACCUCUCUAGCAAAUCAUCUUCCUCUGUAACUGGGAAGUAUGACCAACAGGAAGAAAAUUUCUCAGCCUUCAGACUUGCGAGGAAAAGUACAGAUCAAUCAACUCUACUUCAAAACGUGCAGAACCAGCAAUAUAGAGAUUCAUCUACCAGUGUUCACGUCACUGGGGAAGAUACACAUAUUCAGACUGAAAGUCAAGCAAAGAAUGAGGCCUCUCUAUCCAACACAGAGGACUACACAGGGAUAACUCCACUUAAUCUUUCAAAGAAGCCUGACACACACACAGGAGUUGUUUGUGAACACCUGUACAAAAAUGCUUCCAAAAUAGAAAUUCAGAGUUUAACUGAAUUGCAAGACAUGCCUCUCAAUCUCUCAGUGAAAGAUUCCUAUAACAUCAUCAGUCUGAAAACUUCAUUUCAGCGUUCAUCAUAUGAUGCUGGGACUGCCACUACUCCAAACAAUGAAAAUGAAAAUUCUGAAGAUGUAUACAACACAAUGAAUCCUAACAGUGCCUGUGACAAGCCUUCUUUCACAGCACAGAGUACUGAAGUCCAAGAUUUAAGAGUAAUUGAUAAUUCUGAUGAACAAAAACAAACAGCAGCGGUUGCUCUUUGUCAGCUAGCUGCAUAUAGUCCUAGUAAAGUAAGAAUGGACAACGAAGAGCAAAGUUCUCAAGACUGUAGUACUCUAUGUACAGAGCCCAUCCUCAGUUCUUCAGAUACUCAGGAUAAUCACCGCAAUCACAAAGCAAAAGGACAAAAAAGGACAAAUCAAAAAGAUUCAGCAAAAUCACAGCAAGGGUCUAAAAGAGUAAGACCCAAUGACUGCAGCAGAGUGUUUACUCUAAGAAAGAGAACACGAGUAUCAUAAUAUUAUUUCACUUGUUAAUGUAUAUCCUUUUACUUCAUGGAGCAACUGUUAAACUUACCUGCUAGAUUGCACAGUUUCUCUGUACUGACUUAUUUUUUUGGCUGACAUUUUUGUUUGGGCCAUAAGCUAUGUAUAAAUUACCAUGUAAAUAGAAUGUGUUUAUAAUUUUGUACUAAUAUUUUUAAGUAAUGGAAAUUUCCUAUGUGUAAACUCAGAUUUUCAUGAGUAACCUUUUGCAUUCAUAACUUAAGCCAAUCGAAGUACAUGAGAUGGAUGUUUAAUGUUUUUGGGAAUUGCAAUAUGAUAAAAUACCUUUUACAUCUGCUUUUAUUACAAGACUUAUAAACUUUAGAAACAAUAUACUGUCCAUCAUGCACUCUCAUACCAUAUUUAACUUAAUUUUGUUUAAUGAAUCUAAUUUUUUUCCCUAGCAAAUAAUUUUUCUUUAAUUCUGCAGUAGUUUAAAUUCAGCUGAAAUUUAAAUUUGUUAUUUAGACCUUAGUUUAAAAACUGUGUUUUGAAUGUGAAUACACUGCAAUGGUUGUACUGAAGAAACACUGCUAAAUUUAAGAUCUUGGGUACACACAAGCUUGCACCAAUUUUAUUAAACCAAUUCAGUUAAAAUAGUGCAAAUCCCUGCAUAAGCACUUUUAUUCCAGCUUGAGAGGCUUACUUUGGUUUAAAUUAAAUCUGUUCUUCAUAAAAUUAGUCCUGCAGAAGAACACGGACAUAGCAAAGGCCCAGAAACCAACUUAGUCAGCUAAGAACAGGUUUAAAUUUAAAUCAAAAUAAGCUUCUCAAGUUGAAAUAAAAGUGCUCAUGCUCUCACACAGGGUUUGCACCAGUUUAACUCAAUCAGUUUAAAUGUAUAGCUUGAAUUAAACCAGUACAAUUCUGUGUGUAGACUAGCCCUAAGGCUGGGAUUUUCCAAAGAGCUAGGUGUCCAAAUUCCAUUGAAGUUCAACAGGAUUUGGGCACCUAACUCCUAGACUCCUUUGGAAAUCCCAGCCUAAAAGGAUAGUUAUGCCAAUAAUUUAUUUCACUUGAGGAAAGCACUGCUGGUGAAGGUUUCAAUUUCAGUAAAUAUGUAUCACUAAUUCUGGAACUUAAUGUGCUUUUGCAGACAAACUAUUUUCUAAUUCUAUAUUUGUGUAUAAGAACUUCUCAUUUUUCAAAUAAAGCUAUGUACUGUACUUUAAUUAUUAAUUCCAUAUAUUUUAAUGGAUUAAGGACCAAAUAAAUUGUCUAUGUUAUUAUUG